AUGCAAACGGCAACAAUCAACAGGAAAGAUACGUGUAUGCUUUUUUGCAGGUGUACGUUGCAAAUCUUUUCUUUUCAGUGUAAAUCCUUCUUUUUAUUUCUUUCCCCUGUUGCUGCUGAUGGUUGUGAUGUGUAUGCGCACUUUAUUUUUUAUUUUUUAUUUUGGCCAUCACUUCAUUUGCACACACUCUCAUUCUUUGAGUCUAUUCCCUUAGAUGGGAGGAGAAGGAGGAAAACGGGGCAUAUCAAUCUGACGAUGAAUUCACGCGGAAAAGAGCCAAUCGGUUUUCGUGGUGGCCGCGGUGCUUCUGGCGUCUCCGUCGCGGCACGUGGCUUUGGACGUAGCGGCGGCAACGGAGGUCGAGACGUUGCGCGCGGGAGAGGCCGUGGCCGUGGCGGCCAUUUACUGCGCGCGGGGGCAGACCGCCCCGAGUCAUCUGCCUUGAUGUCGCAGGAAGAUAGUGGCGGCGACGAUGACGAGAAGGGAGUCAUGCAGGGGGAGAAUGUGCACUUGGCGACGGGGAAGCGCUCCACAGCGCUCCACAAACAGCGUCAUGUCAAAACAAUGUUGACGGAGGAAGGCACGGAGCUCCCAAAGAAGCUCAACAACAGGGUGUUUAUUGAUGGUCUGCCCUACGAACAUAAAGCGACGCCGGGAUCCUCCACUCUUGAGGAGGAGCUGAUGCAGUUUGUUGCGGCAUGGAAGGUUGGCAAGCCCGUUCGUCUCAUCAAGCGGGAAGGCCAGGGGUUUGGUUUUUUGGUUUUUCACUCUCCGCACAGCGUUGAUGUGGCGGUGCGUGUGCUGAAUGGAAGGAAGUUUCUGGGUCGCAAGCUGCGGGUGGAGGUGCCGAAGCCAAAGGACAUGACAACAAACGACGUGGACAUCAGCCUAGAUGCGGGGAAGAGUAGUUUUGCCCGCCAGGUCCUUUUGUCCGACCUGGCGAAGAUCACACAGCCAGAAAUUGUUCGCGAGAUCCUGCGAGAUGUGGCGCCCCAGCUGGAGAAGCGGCUUGAAUCCAUCAAGAUGACCUCAAGGAAUCGCAAGGCAUUUUUGACAUUUUUGUCUGCCGAUGACGUGGAGCCGGCGGUACGGUUUCUCGAUGGCUUCUCCAUGUUGGGCCGCCGCAUCACUGCCGCACGGGCUGCCGCGCCUGGCUCGCUGCCGUACACAAAAUCUCCGGGCCACGUUUUAUCGCACAAGAGGAGCGGUGCAUCGGCAGAUGAGGAAAGCCACGGUGAGGCCAUGCACGCGGGAAUUCUUCAUGGUGAUGCGGACGAAGAGGAGUGUGGGCAGCCAGUGCUGCCAUUGGGGGUGGUGAAUCCACCAGCAGCGCAACAGGAGGCGAGGCGUGCGGGGCGGAAUGUGGCCAAAGAGCUGAAGCCAAGCAACAUCACUGGCGUAACAGAGAAGUACAACUUGCUAGAGGAGGGGCCAGCGGAGGUGUUUGUCGGCAACCUUGGUGAGGAGAUCACCGAGGAGCAGCUCCGCUGUCACUUCAGUGUGUGCGGUAGGAUAUUGAGUUGUGAUCUUCUCGUGAAUAAAAGCACAAGUUUGCCCACGGGCAUCGCGCGUAUUCUCUUUGCUCUGCCCGCGUACGCUAGCUAUGCACAGAAGCACCUUCAUGGAUCUUGUUUGCACGGCCACGUCAUUCGUGUCGAUCGUGGCGAAGAGCCGAGCGCGCCUCUGGCGUCGGAUUUGGCGCCGCACGACGGUGAGGAUGUGGUCGAUGAGGAUGGUUACAUGGCGCACUACGGCGUGAAGGACAAGGCUGCCUAUUUUAAGGGCACUUCGCUCGAGGAGAGGCGUGACGGUCGCAAUAAGAGUAAGCGGGCGAGGGAGACAGCCGUUGACACCAAAAAAAAGAGAAGGAAGACGAAGGAUGAAGCAUUCAAAACAUCAGGCUUCAUUUCUGCUGGUGGCAAUGAUGAUGAUGAUGAGGAGGAGGAGCGGUUUCAUGAUGCGGAUAAAGUAAUUGUGCCGGUGACCGCUUCAUCUGGGCGAAGGGAGCCGAAGAAACGAUUGAUUGCGGUGAAGAGGCGGGCAAAACGGGCGAAGAAAGCGUUUGAGUGA